UUGCAAAUGUGACGUUAAACUGUUCUAUUUCGUUAGUUUACUACUAACCUAAUUUUUCUAUAUUUUUUCGUAAUUAAUAUCAUUCAAAAAAAGUGUUGUUAUCAAAAUAUUUCAUUUUUAUAAGCGCGCUAUUUGAAAACUAUCACUGGCCACUAGACAACUGUCUACAAUGGUUACCGAAAAUAGAAUAAUGUUGAUAAUUUUCGUACACGUUUUUUUAACUAUCGCCAGUGCAGAGAAUUUUGAUGUUGAUUUGGAAACAAAGACUACUGAAUGCGGUUUAGAUGGAGAUUGUUUAUCUACUUCUGUCAAUUGCAGUUCCAAAUGCGGUUGUGAUGAAGCUUAUUAUUACAAUGAAACAAUUAAACAAUGCGUUUUGAAUGUUAAACACUUGAUGAAGGCAGAAAUAACAAUUUACGAUCCCGUAGACCCAAGUGCCGCCAACGACAAUAGUAUGGCAGCACACAUUCGAAGAUACGCCGAUAAGGUUUUUAGAGGAAUAAGUGUCGCUGUUGCACUUUUCGGAGCAUGUGCAUUGGUAUGCGUUAUUUCUGCGUGCACUUACUGUUGUCGAAUAAAUUACACAGAUCGGAGUUUGAAAGGUGACGUGAAAGCUUUGUCCAAAAAGCUGCAGAGGGAUCAUAAAAUUCAAAAGCCGGCCAAAGUUCCACGUAAAGCUGAAGCAGAAAGUUGUAAUGUUGUCGUAGAAGAUGCUGGUGUUUUCGUGUGUUAAAUAAUAAGACAAAUGUAUAGAGAGAAAUACAGAUUGAGACAGCUGAAAACCUUGUAUCUUUGUAUUACCUUUCUCCUCAUGGUGUUUGACCUUUCACAUACUACGGUCCUGGAAUGCAUAAGUCUGGUCUACAUUAGAAAAAAAUCUUUAAAUACAAACGUAAUAAAUGUAGUAAGCUUCAUUUUGUUUAUAUUCAAUAUUUUGAAUUGCAGAUUGUUUAAUUAAUUCUUGUUCUGUUAUUCAUGAACAUUGAAUGCAAAUUGUAUUGUCUUUCUACCACUUUGGCAAGCCUGAAAGCUGGACAGUGAGAGAAUUUAUGACUAUAUUGCUUUUUACGUUCGUGAAUAAACCCAUUUCGUUCCUUUUCCUUCUUAGGAUGGCUUUGACAUUAAGAUAUUGGCAGUGAAGUUUUAUUCUGUGGCACUGACUGACAUGCGUCUGAUACUUUGUAAACACUGUCAAUGUCAAUCAGUAAAAUUAUUUUUCUCCAUUAAUUAAAAUUGUGAAAGAUUGUUUGUGUUGUAAAUAAAAUUGGAUUGAUGAAUAAAUUUUGCGACGGUAUCUUCUUUCGCAGAUUCUCUUAUUUUCUGCCCAUCAAAUAAUCCUAAAAUCUCAAAUAAGUCUCAGAUAUUUAAAACUUUUAACAAUCGAUAUUCAACGGAGUAAAUGAUGGAAUUUACUCUGAUGGACUUAGUUUUGGCUACUAUGGGAGUCCUGGUCACAAUGGCUCUUAUAUGCUGUUUGUGCUGUUUAUCAAUGAAAUUCAGUGACCUCAGAAUGAAGUGUUACAUCAUUGAAACAGCGAAGAAGCGUGGCAUCAAAGUGGAUCCGGACAAACUAGACCCCAAGCGCAACUGUCGCUCCCCCCUGGCCAACGAAAACUGUACCAUAAUGGUGCCAGAUGUUGGAAUAAUCCUUUAGCUCGUAAAGAAAUGGUAAUGUAAAAUUUCCGGUUUGAUCCUGUUAAAAGCCAUUGGCUACGAUUAUGGGUUAAUGGCACUAUAAAAAGUUUUGAAAGACAUUUAAAGAAUGAAACUUCAAAAACCAUCUUUCUCAGCUCUGCUUUUUUCGGUUGCACUCAACUGCAGUGCUUUGGGGCCCGGGGUUCGCCUUCUCUUUGUUUUCGGUGACGUCAAUAAAGACUCGAAAACAUGUUUUGUGGGAAAUGGUAGUAUAUAGUAAAAUAAUUUUAUGAGUACUUAUCUCAAAUGUUGACCAGUAUUUUUUCACUCUUGCUUGUAAUAUGAGUGUGGUCAAUAAUAUGGUUUUGUCCACCAGUGUGUGUUGCCAGCGACGUGAGCUUUAAACAUCCAAAAUGUGGUCAAUCUUAUAUCCCUGGUCCAAAAUUAAGAAAUGUAUGCACAAAUAGUUUUCUAGUAGCUUUGUAGUCAAAAUAUAUUUAAUAUGACCUCAACUUUAUUACCUUAAAUAAAAAAACUUUGUUGUUAUACCAUGUGAAAUGGGGUUAUUUCUAGUCAAAAGGUUUUUAGUGCAGUAGCCAUAGUAUAGACUAAUAAAAUGUAAUUUUUUUUAAUUUAUUUAUUUAUUACUUUUAAAAGUUACAGUUGGGACUUUUACUACACAAUACUUAAAUAGUAUUUUUCAAUUUUUAGUUCAGUACACUAGUACUAGGCCUUAGUAUCAAGUAACUGAUAAAAAACUAUAUACUCUCUUUACUCUUAUACCAUGUGAAAUGGCAUUAUUUUCUAAUCGAAAGCUUUUUGUAAAAAUAUGUAAUGUUUUUCCCAAAUUAUUAUUGUUAAGUGUGUAGUUUUAAGAAGUAUUACGACAAAGUUCCUAAGUAUUUAUAGAUUUUCAUAAAUUAAGAAUACUGUGGCAUAUUUUAUCUCUACAUUAUAACAUCUUAAUCAUCAUUGCUUUUAAAUAAUAUCUGUGAAUUUUGGUAGAAAAUUUGAUCCACUUGUCCCAUCUUUAUCCGUAUGGGUAUUUCUUAAAUUAUAUGUAAGUAAUAAAUAUACAUAUAUAAAAUAGAAAUUUUCGCAAUAAUAGCCUAUGUUCUCCCUCAUCUUCGUACAAAAUGUCAUCAAAAUCGGUUCAGUGACAGAUUUAUUUUCGCAUUUAAUACUAUUAGUAGCGAUAGUGGUAAUUCCAUUAUAAAGCUAUCUAUCGUAUAAACGUCGAAAGCUGCGUGAUUAUAUACAUGUGUAUUAUCAUGGUAAAAUUAAGAAAUGUAAAAAAGGCGGCCUUAGCAAAGCAAUUUGAUGAAAAUUAGAAUGCUGUUAUUGUUGACGAAAUAAAUGAUUUCAAUACAUUGAAAAAUUAUGUUAAAAUAUGCUUAAAGAAUUUUUGCAAGCAGCGUACAUUACAGAGUGAAAAAAGAUAACUAACUAUAUGGUUAUCGGCAGUGUAGAAUAGGGCACUAGUUGUAGAAGGCGACUGAGGGACAAAUCUGCAACAAUUCCUAUUCUACACUUCAGGAAACCGUAUACAUCAAAUUUAUUUACUUUUUAUACAACGUUAAAGUGCUAAUAAUAAAAGAGUAUAGUGGUGAUGAACAUAGUAAUCUGUGUUCUACGUUUAUCGGCGUUUAUGGGAGAAACUUCCGAUAGUUUUUUUUUUAAUUUAUAUGAACUUAUGGUUCCAACUUUUUAUAAAAGUGACAUCAGCAGAACGCUCAAUAUGUAUGGGAUGACAAAAUUUUUAUUGAAUUUUUCGCUCCAUAUUUCUUUUAUAAUUUAAUCAUAUUAAUGAACUUCAAUUUGAAAAUUUGAGCUUUUUAUUAAGCCAUCCCGUACAUCUGAAGUUGAGUAUCAACGUACAGUCAACCGCUUAUCAAGUUACCCUAUGACACGGCAAUAGAAGCGAAUUUGCUGUGAAUUUGGGCAGGUCAAUAUGCCUUUGACCGUACUAGACAGAAAUAUAAGCAAUCUCAUAGUACCUUAUUAGAUGCGCUUGUAUAUAUAUAUAUAUAUAUAUAUAUAAUGAUCAUCUUAAAAACAAUUACUUAUAUGAUGUAGAAAAAUAUUAAUUAAGUAAAUACAUGAUAUAACGUGAUUUUAAACUUUCGCUUUAUACUAUUUAUAAAAAAUACAGGUAUUAAAAACGCGCGCGUAAAGUCCGAGAUAAAAUAAAGGAACGUCAGGUGCGUACGUUUGACUAAUUACUGUAUUGCUUGACCAAGAUAAAAUCAUUAUUUCAUCUCGCUCAUAAGCGAUCCAUUGAAUUACUGGGAACAGUAAUAAGGAUGAUUAUCAUCAGACAGGCAGUGCAAUUGACAGUACGUUACUUAUAUUUUGUACUUAUGAAAAAACAAUUUACGAGUAUGUAUAUUAAACUUAAUUCGUAUUGCAGUAAGGCAACUUAAGGAACUUAAGGAAUAACUGCACCUAGUGCAAGGUUUUUUCUGGUAGCGAAAAACAGCGUCAACCAAGGGAUUAAUUUGGUAUUCUUGUGUACAGAUAGAUAAGCGACCAUAAUAAUAUUUAUCUUUGUUUAAUUUUAUAUAUAAAUUUACGAUUUGUUUUUUACAAUGUACGUAUGUAUAUCACUUGGCAUACUAAGCAAUACCAAGUAUACGUAUCUGUACGAUAGAACAAUAUGAAUAAAAUGAUCUCAUGUGCCAACUUUUAAGCAGACAGAAGUUACCAAUUUAGCAAUUAAUGUAGGCCAAUCUGAGAUUACACCUACCUUCCUAUUGUACAUAAUAACUAGCAAUUGUAGCAGAGAGAAUAUGUAAUGGACCAGAAUUUCCGAUUUCGUAAUUAAUAUAAGACUUUUAGACCUAGUGUUCAAUUCGUAAAUUUAAUAUUUCUUAGUUUUAGAAUAUUUAUGCCUGAAAUAUUGUUAGUCUUUAAUUAUAAGGAAUGGUAGAAUUCUAUAAAUCUAUGAUAUUUAGAACAUGAUAGUCUGAUGUCGCCUUCGAAUUUCAUAUGGUAUUUUUGUGUAUUUCUUUUGCUGUGAUCUUUGUUUUAAGGUUACCAUUUUGAUGUAUUAAGUAUAUUUAAAAGCAGGUUUUUCCUAUUCUUCUUUUAUUAUUUGCUAUUGAAUUUAUUUUAAAUUUAAUUUUACGGCAGUAGUUAAGAUAAUUUCUAAAUUGCUGUACUACUAGGUGUACGUAAGUACCUAUAUUCUUUAUAAAAAGUAACAAAGAAAUAAUAAAAGUAUAUAAAAACGCGUUAAUAAUUUUAAAAUAUUCGUUUUUUUUGUUUUAAUUUUACAGGUUUUCUAUGCAAUAGAAAUGUUUAGAAUUUAAACGUAUAAACUUUUAUAAAAAAAAAUAUUAGUAACGAGAAAAAUUAUGCGGCUGAAUAAUGUCGUCGUUUUUAGUAACGAAUGGAUAGAAUCUUCUAGAAAAAUAGUAUUUUUUUUAAAAUAAAAUAUAGAGUAGCGCACAUCUGUGUAUGCUCAUUUUUAAACCAAUGUUCGGCGGUUCUAAAUACGAACGAUUUUUAACUCGAUAGUAUCAAUAAAACUGCUAUGGGUCUAAAAUUUAACCGAUGAGUACGUGAAAUGGAAACAUAUUUUUCCCAGGAGAUAAAAAAAAAACAUGUAAUAGGAAUCCGUGGGAUAUGCUCUAAAGUAAUUAAGUUACUACUUAUAUACAAAUCCAAAGAUAUGUUUAAAGAUUCAUUAUCUUUUAGCUAUUUCAUUUUUAUAUAUUUUUUUUAUUUAUCGAAAAUGUAUAAACCCUAUGGUGUAAUAAAAAGUGAGCUCGGAGUAAUAAAAGCUAAAAUUAAACUGAAAUAAAGUUUAUGGGAGAUACAUAAAGAAUUAUUAAUCUAAAAUUGCUUUUUUUUUAAAGUCUAUGAAGAAGCUAGCCAGUCGUUCGUGUGUAGAUCGCCUUAGAACGGGUACUGCCAAUAUGCCAAUUGUGUGACUGAAAGAAUUAUUAAUAUUUAUAGUAAAUAUUUUAUAGUA